GUGUUGGUUAGCAUGCUGGUCAGUGCCUAUUUAAAAGGAAUGUGACAACAAACACAUGCCUUUGCUCCUCGUCAGAGAGUCUACCCUGUGAUGGUGGACCUAUUCUCGUCAUCAGAGUUAUAUCAAUUGCAUUUACGUGAGACAAUCACAAUGACAACAUUCAAAUGCCCCACAACAGAAAAGGGUUGCACAAAGAUGGUUCGAGAGACCGGUUUUUACGACCUUCUUGGUGUUAGCCCCAAGGCAUCACCAGAUGAAAUCAAGAAAGCUUAUAGAAAACUAGCUCUGAAAUAUCACCCAGACAAGAACCCCAAUGAAGGCGAAAGGUUUAAGCUCAUAUCCCAAGCCUAUGAGGUGCUGUCUGAUCCAAAGAAGCGGGACCUGUACGACCAAGGAGGGGAGCAAGCUAUUAAAGAAGGGGGCAUGACAGGAGAAGGGUUCUCCUCCCCCAUGGACAUUUUCAACAUGUUCUUUGGGGGUGGUGGAAGAACUCAGAGAGAAAGGAAAGGGAAGAAUGUAGUUCAUCAACUCAGUGUCACACUUGAAGAAAUGUACAACGGCACAACUAGAAAACUUGGCCUUCAGAAGAACGUUAUCUGUGAGAAAUGCGAUGGUUAUGGUGGCAAGAAGGGCACCCUACAGAAGUGUUCCACCUGCAAAGGCAGAGGCGUACAGAUCCAGGUACAGCAGAUCGGGCCGGGGAUGAUCCAACAGAUCCAGAGUAUGUGCAACGAUUGCCAAGGCCAGGGUGAGAGCUUCAGUGCUAAAGAUCGAUGCAAGAACUGCACUGGGCACAAGGUGGAACGCAAGAAAAAGAUUUUGGAAGUGCACAUCGACAAAGGUAUGAGAGAUGGUCAGAAAAUCACAUUCCAGGGAGAAGGAGACCAGGAGCCUGGCUCGGAACCCGGUGAUGUCAUAAUUGUCCUGGACCAGAAGGAGAAUCCUGUCUUCAAGCGUCAGGAGGACAACCUUGUCAUGAAGAUGAACAUCAAACUCGUGGAGGCACUGUGUGGCUUCAAGAAGACCGUCUGCACGUUAGACGACAGGACACUGAUCAUCAACUCUCCGCCAGGUCAAGUGGUGAAGCAUAACGAUAUCAAGUGUGUACAAGGAGAAGGUAUGCCGGCGUACAAGCAGCCAUUUGAGAAAGGACUUCUCAUCAUUCAGUUCCAGGUGGAGUUCCCAGAGAAGGACUGGCUUCCUGAGCACCUCCUACCUCAGCUGGAGGACCUGCUUCCUGUGCGGGAUGAUGCCAUGUUCACUGACGACAUGGAGGAGGCGGACCUCUGUGAAAUGGACCAGGAGUCCCAGAGGAAAAGCCAGAGCAGGGAGGCCUACGAGGAGGACGAGGAGGGGCCCAGGGGUCAGGGGGUCCAGUGUCAGACACAGUGAUUGUACACAACCCUGUUCAACCCACACCCUUUGUUUGUUGUGCAGCUGCUGUAGUGUGAGUUUACGUGUAUACUGAGCAUCACUAUUCUUGUCCUGGGUGGGCCAUCAAUAACUAACGAAAUCGCCAGCCUCUGAAGCCUCACAGUGGGUCAGUAUACCAGUGAAACGUGUGCGUGCUUCACCUGUCAACUGCUGUUAAAUAUUUACAAGACCAUAUGUGCACAGGAGAAGGGGAGAUGUGAACGGACCAUGUGGGGAUGCAGGCGUCUUUAUAUAUUUAUUGUCCUCUCAAUGCAACUGUAUUUUUGAUUGUCUUUUGUUUGAUCCCAGGAAUGGGAUACCACUGUAUUUUGCAUGCAUCUCAUCACCGUGAUGUCUAAGUGUGGUGUUACAAACAUCUGUGUUGUCUUUUGUAUUUCUGCCAAAGAGAAAAGGGCAAUGUGGAGUUUUUUUGUGUAUUUUUGCCCCUCUUUUUCUAAGUGCACAUGAACAGGGCCUUUAUUGCAGAUGAUGGACUCUGUAUGCUUUCUGUGAAGGCCACGCCUCCUCUCACAAUAUGGACCUGCACAUGGUGACUCUUGUUUCUGAAAUAAAAACGUCUCAUGCAUACAGCU